AUGGUGGAAUACUUUGUCACCAAUAACAAACGCAAAUACGAAGAACAAACCACUCCACCACUGCCUCAUCGACCCACUGGAUUCUCUGCCGUAAUCACUUCUUCCUUUCCUGACUCCUACUACAACGUUCCUCCACCGGUCGAUGAGAUCCAGUUAGCCAAGCAACGAGCGCUAGAGAUCGCCGCUCGCUUGUUCAAUAAUGUUAGUGUUGGUGCUGGGGCUUCUCCUCACGAUACUAAGCGCCCUAGAUUGGUCUGUGAUUUUGUUAGAGUUAUAUAUGUAGAUUAUAAAGGACAACAAGGUUCUUUGUCUUCACAAUCUUCGAUACCAGUUUCGUAUGGAUUUCAGGGUUCGAGUAAGAAGAUUGAGAUUCCAAAUGGUAGGGUUGGUGUAAUUAUAGGUGGGAGAUGCGGUUGA